AUGACAACAACAAAUAAAAUUGAUUUAUAUCUUGCAAAUAAUCUUGAAGAAUUAAAUAAACGUGCUGAUGAUAAUCCAUCAAUUCAAAAAGCUAAAUCAUCAAGCUGUGCGCAGAUAACUCACGUCAUUGAAACGAUAUGGGCUGAAGCAAAAAAAGCAGAAUUAAUUAAUGAUGAAGAACGUGCCUAUGUUCUAUAUAUGAGAUUAUUUGCAUGCUUUACUGCUUUAAAACAAGCAAAAGAUAUUGCUAACAAUCAAAGUAGCGUACAAUAUUAUCAAAAGGGUGCUUUGCUUUGGUGGGAAAAAGCAGAUCAAUUAUCAGCCAGUUUAAAAACAAGAUAUGAUGCGAAAAAUGCAGCGAAAAUUGAAGAAGAAAGAAAAAUUCAAGCAGCUAUUGAUGAAGAAGCAUCUCUUGAAAAAUCGAUUUCGCCUAAAUUACUUUAUAAAUAUUUGAAUGAACUCAAAAAGAAUAUUUUACUAAUUGAUAUGCGUUCAACAACUGAUUAUGAUCAAUCACAUAUGAGAACAUCUGCUUGUAUUCAUACUCCAGCUGAUCUUAUGAAUGGAAAAGGAUGGACAUCAUGGGGUGUAGAAUCAGCCUUGACAGAUCAAAAUGCUUGUACAAAAUUUAAGCAACGUGCAACUUAUGAUUACAUUGUUUUAUUUGAUGAUGAUAGUUAUGAGAAUAAUUUGAAAGCUGGCCAUUGUCUAAUGGGUUUGAAGCAAGCUAUUUUUUCGUUUGAUCGAGAUGUUAAAUUGAAACAUGAACCAUUAAUUCUGGAUGGUGGUUAUGAAGAUUGGAUGACAUAUUAUCCAGGCGAAAAUACGGCUCCAUUAAUUUCAAGAAAACCUCUUGGAGAACUUCGAUCGUUUGAGGUUUCCUAUCCUGAUGACGUAUAUGUACUUGAGGAAGUACCGGCUGAUGUAACAACUAAUGCUCAGCCAGAAGCAGCGACUAUUACAUCAGCUAUUGUUCCACAAAUUGAUCGAACACGAAAACCAAUUAAUAGUCAAAAACCUGAAUCAAAUAUUAUCGAAUCAGAAGAAUUGCCAAUUCAACAAAUUGAAGAAGAACAACAACAACAACCAACACCAAUAAUACCAUCAGUAAUAGUAGUAAAAGAACAACCUGAAAUUCCAGAUCGAUCAAUGAAACCAAUACAACCAAUAGGACCAACUUCACCAGUAAAUCAAGAAUUGCCAAAUAUUCCGAUUGUACCAGAUAUUGCAGCACAUCCUUCAUCAGUUACUCCAAUCAUUUCGAAUACUACUAAUAUUUCUUCUGAAAUCCCAAAACUGAUUGAUAAAAAUGUAAAUAAAAAUGAUUCAAAUAGAGAAAAUAUUCCACCUACGGAUGUUUCAAAAUUUCCCACACUUAAUCGUGGAACGCUUCCUAUAUAUCGUCCAUUCAAUCGAACCGUACCUAUUAAUAAUACAGAUGAACAAUAUAGAAAGAAGUUUGAUGCUGUCACUGGUCGUAAAGUAAUUAUCGAUACAAAAAGUAAUCGAUACAUAACAGAUAUUCCUGAAAAUGAAACAAAUAAAACUCCUAUUCAUAUAACACCAUCAGUCAAUCGUGAUACGAAACCAAUAUUAACCCAACAAACUCGUCAACAAAUCGCAUAUGAUUACCGUGCAAUUACUGAUAAUUUACAAGUAAAUGGUCCUACCGGUUUAAAAAACCUCGGAAAUUCAUGUUAUAUGAAUUCAAUUAUUCAAUCUUUAAGUUUUAAUCUUAAAUUAACAAACUAUUUCUUAUCAGGUGAUUUUGAUAAAGAUAUAAAUACAAAAAAUAAAUUUGGCUCUGGUGGAUUAGUUGUUAAAGAAUGGUUUAAACUGAUUUAUUUAUUAUGGUGUCAACAAUAUUCAUAUGUUGCACCACAACCAUUUAAAUAUGUUGUUGGAACACUUCAAAAGGCUUAUUUAGGUACACAACAACAAGAUGCACAUGAAUUUCUUGUCUUUCUACUCGAUGCAUUACAUGAAGAUCUUAAUCAAGCCACUCGUCCACGUAUUGAAGAACUUAAAUCAGAAAAUUUUAAAACUGAUCGACAACUAGCUGAAGCAAGCAAAAAAUCAUUUCUUUCACAUAAUAAAUCAAUAAUAAUUGAUCUUUUCUAUGGUCUAUUCAAAUCUACCACAAUAUGUUUAUUAUGCUCAUAUAAUUCCAUUCGUUUUGAUGCAUUCGCAAUGAUUAGUGUACCUAUUCCACGCGUUCGACAAUGUUCAUUAGAUGAUUGUUUAGAUUUAUUUCGAGAGUUCGAAUAUCUAAGAGGCGAUGAACGGUACGAAUGUUCAAAUUGUAAACGUGUAUCAGAAAAGAAACGACGUUUAGAUAUUUGGGAGCUACCAAAAAUAUUUAUUGUGCAUUUCAAACGUUUUCGUCUUCAACAAACACAUUAUAUAAAAAAUGAAACAUUAAUUCGAUAUCCAAUAUCUAAUAUUGAUUUUUCACAUUGGUCUCAGACUCCAUCACCAUCAAAAUAUUCUCUUGUAGCCGUUGUUAAUCAUUAUGGUUCAAUGAAUAGUGGCCAUUAUACAUCCUUUUGUAAUGACGGUAAACAAUGGUAUUAUUGUAAUGAUCAUGCCAUUCGUGUGGCUGAAAAAAGUGAACUCGAACAUAAUGUUCAUGCCUAUCUUCUUUUUUAUUCGUCUCUACCACAACAGCAAUUGCGUUUGCCUUCAAUUCCAAAUUAG